GGGAGAAUUGUGGGUCAUCAAUGGAGAGACGAAGGAAAGAACGUCAUCUGUUUGUAAUGACUAGCGACCUAAUUUAACUCAUCAUUUUGCCAAAAAUACAGCCAUUCUCACAGCUAAUGAACCUCUAAACCAUAACACUUCAAAGAGUUAUUGGUGUGGUGUCAAAAAUGUACGAACAACUCCCUGUUCGGAACCGGGAACUGUUUAAGGGAGAAUUGGUCGUGUAGAAGCUAAACCUUGAUUGCAUUAGCUUGCCCGCUAGCUAUAACAUUAGUUCUGGUUGGCGAGCUCAUGUAAAGGUAUCUUCAUCUACUUGCACGAAUAUAACACAUCCAGUUGAAGUUGUGAAAAUACCUCCGGUGGCCAGGGGAGAGGGAAGAUAUAACUUCAUCCUGAAAACGUAAACGCGGCACCCUGAGCCAAUGGGGGCGUUCCUGGACAAGCCGAAGACGGAGAAGCACAACGCGCAUGGCGAGGGCAACGGCCUGCGCUUCGGCCUGAGCAGCAUGCAGGGCUGGCGGGUAGAGAUGGAGGACGCGCACACGGCCGCCCUGGGCCUGCCCCACGGCCUGGACGACUGGUCCUUCUUCGGCGUCUACGACGGGCACGCGGGCUCGCGCGUCGCCAACUACUGCGCCAAGCACAUCCUGGAACACAUCGUGACGGGCGCCGGAGGGGCCGAGGAGCUGCGCAGGGCCGGGGGAGGUCCGACGCCAACGUCCUCCGGCGGACCCCCAGCCGCGCCGCCUGAGCCGGCCUCGAUCGACGCGGUGAAGAACGGCAUCCGGGCGGGCUUCCUGGCGAUCGACGAGCACAUGCGCAGCUUCACCGAUCUGCGCAACGGCAUGGACCGCAGCGGCUCGACGGCGGUCGGCGUGCUAGUCUCGCCCGCGCACCUCUACUUCAUCAACUGCGGCGACUCGCGAGCUCUGCUCUGCCGCCGCGGGCGCGUCUGCUUCUCUACGCUCGACCACAAGCCGUACAACCCGCAUGAGAAAGAGCGCAUCCAGAACGCCGGCGGCUCCGUCAUGAUCCAGCGGGUCAACGGCUCGCUGGCCGUCUCGCGCGCCCUCGGCGACUACGACUACAAGUGCGUGGACGGCAAGGGCCCCACGGAACAGCUGGUGUCCCCCGAGCCCGAGGUGUUUGAGAUCGCGCGCGCCCCGGAGGACGAGUUUGUGGUGCUCGCCUGCGACGGGAUCUGGGAUGUCAUGAGCAACGAGGAACUGUGCGAGUUUGUGCGCUCACGCCUUGAGGUCACCGCCGACCUGGAGCGUGUGUGUAACGAGCUGUUGGACACCUGCCUGCAGAAGGGCAGUAGGGACAACAUGAGCGUUGUUCUUGUGUGUUUACCCAACUCACCCAAAGUGUCAGAUGCGGCUGUGAGGAGAGACGCCGAGCUGGACAAGCUUCUGGAGUCUCGUGUGGAAGAGAUUAUUGAGAAGGCGGGAGAGGAGGGCAUUCCCGAUCUGGGGCAUGUCAUGAGAAUUCUCUACUUAGAAAAUAUUCCCAACCUCCCACCAGGGGGAGGCCUCGCCAGCAAACACGGUGUUAUUGAAGCAGUGUACACUCGGCUGAAUCCGCACAGGGAAGAGGACGGGAAUGGAGCAGACCUGGAGGACCCCUGGUAGCUGUCCAGAGUGAUUACCUGUCUCCCUCCCCCCACCCCCAGGACUUCUUUUUACAGAAGACAUCUUUGCCUCACCUUCUGUCUUGUUUUCUGUUUUUUAUGAUACCAAGAGAUCAAUUGGACCAGAUAUAAAACAUUCAACAUUUUUUGUUAUUCUUUUUCUUUGAAACACAACACACAAUCCAAAGGAUUGCAACACUUUGGGAAUCCCAAUCCCAAAGGAACUUUGGUGUUUUUUGAAAACUCUUGUUCGUGAAUAAGAAAACACACACACACACACACACACACACACAGAUACACACAGAUACACACACACACAGAUACACAUAGCACACCAUAGGAAGACAGUAAAAUCCUUUUUUUACUGCAGUUUUUUUCUGUUGUAAUUGUUCUCCUCCCGUGGUUACUGUUGCUGUUGGUUUUCUGUUGUUUUUGAAUAUUGAUGAUGAUGAGGAUGAUUAUGAUGAGGACAUUUGUGAUAAAAAUGAUCGUAUAGACACUGGGCCUGAUGCAAGCUGUCUGUGGUGCCUUCUCUAUAAUGACUGGGUUGAGCCAACCAAUUGGGGCCAUGCCCCUUUGCCCCCUAAAAUACGUGGUUUGGACGGGGGGGGUGGGGUGUCUCCUCCUAGUAUACCCUCCAACCACCACCACCACCCAUCCCCACCAGGGUUGUGGAUUUAGGUGGAGGCUUGGACUGACCCCCACACCACCCUGCCAGCCUCACUCCUGGAAUCACAUGGGCUUGCGAGUGAGUGACGGGCGUUGCGUUGUGUGCGUUGGUGAAUAUGACUGGCAGAAUUUAACUUGCCAUGUUUGGGGUUGAUUACUGCGUGCUGUGAUUUGCGCCCCCCCCCCCCCCCCCCCCCCCCCCCACACACACACACACACACACAUUCACCCCCUACCCCCAGUGCACCCCCUCCCCACCCCACCCGUAACAGACAUUUAAAAAAAGAGAAGUGAACUUUUUGGUUUGUUUUUUUUUUCCACCCGCAUACACACUGCCUCAGCUUGCUAAGGUUUCACGGCCUCUUUUCCUCCUUGUGUGUGUCAUUAAGCUUUUUAAUCCUGCUGGUUAAGAGAAUAUAGAACAUAUGAAUUUAUAUAUAUAUAUAUAUAUAUAUGUAUGUAU